AUGUGGACCCUCAACGGGGAGGAAAGGAUGCCUGCUGCACGAGGGAAGUCCAAGUCCAAGGUGCCAGUGACAUUUGGGGAUUUGGCCAUCUAUUUCUCCCAGGAAGAGUGGGAGUGGCUGAGCCCCAUUCAGAAGGAUCUGUAUGAAGACGUCAUGUUGGAAAACUACCAGAAUCUGGUCUCACUCGGACUUUCCUUUCGGAGACCAAAUGUGAUCACCUUAUUGGAGAAAGGGAAAGCACCUUGGAUGGUGGAGCCAGUGAGAAAACGCCGGGGCUUGGACUCAAGGUCUAAAUAUGAGACCAAGAAGUUACCAACAUCUCUGUGCAACAAAUCUGGGCAAAGCAGCUAUCAGAAACCAGUUUCUGCAUCACAAAAAGUUGCCAUAGGAAAGAAAGGCUGCAAGAAAAGUUCAGUCCUAGUAAAACCCAGGAAAGUGCAUUCAGGAAAGAAAUCUUUAAAAUGUAAUGACUGUGGGAAAACCUUUGGUCAAAGUUUAUCUCUUAAACUUCAUCAGAAAUCACAUACUAGAGAGAAGCCUUAUGAAUGCAGUAAUUGUAGAAAAGCUUUCAGACAGAUCUCAUCCCUCAUUCUUCAUCAGAAAAUUCACAAUGGAAGGAAAAGCCAUGAAUGUGGUAAGUGUGGAGAAAACUUCAUUCAAAGAACAUCUCUUAUUCUACAUGGGAAAGUUCAUAAUGGAAAAGAAACCUUUGACUAUGGGAAGGCCUUGAGUCAGUACCCAACUCUCACUGUGGGCCAGAAAAUUCACUUUGUUGAGAAUAUCCACCAGUGUGGAAAGUGUGGGAAAGACUUCAUUCGAAAGUCAUCCCUUUUACUUCAUAAGAAGAUUCACAGCAAAAAGAAGUUACAUAAAUGCAAUAAAUGCGGGAGAGGCUUCAAAAACAAAUCAGCCCUUGUUAUACAUAAAAGAAUUCACACUGGAGAGAAAACCUAUGAAAGUGAGAAGACCUUAAGUCAGAGUCCACUGCAGAAAAGUCACCAUUUAGAGAAUCCUUAUAAAUGCAGAGAAUGUGGAAAAUCCUUUAAUAGGAUUUCAUCCAUUUUGCUUCAUCAGAGAAUUCACACAUCAAAGAAACCCUACAAAUGUGAUAAAUGUGACAAGGUCUUCAGGCGCCUUUCAACCCUUAUUCUACAUCUAAGAAUUCAUAAUGGAGAGAAACUCUACAGAUGCAGUAAAUGUGAAAAGGUCUGUAAUCGGCAUUCAUCCCUUAUUCAACAUCAGAAAGUUCAUACAAGGAAAAAGAAACUGUUUGAAUGUAAGGAAUGUGGGAAGAUGUUUUCUGGAACUGCCAACCUUAAAAUACAUCAGAACAUUCAUUCUGAAGAGAAGCCUUUCAAAUGCAAUAAAUGUAGUAAAGUUUUUGGUCGUCAGUCAUUUCUUAUUGAACAUCAGAGAAUUCAUACUGGAGAAAAGCCCUAUCAGUGUGAGGAAUGUGGAAAAGCCUUCAGUCAUCGAAUAUCUCUUACUCGGCAUAAGAGAAUUCAUACUGAAGAUAGACCCUAUGAAUGUGAUCAGUGUGGGAAAGCCUUCAGUCAGAGUGCACACCUUGCUCAACAUGAAAGAAUUCACACUGGAGAAAAACCAUAUACGUGCAAAACAUGUGGGAAGGCCUUUAGUCAACGCACAUCCCUUAUUCUACAUGAAAGAAGUCAUACUGGAGAGAAACCCUAUGAAUGUAAUGAAUGUGGGAAGGCAUUUAGUAGUGGCUCAGAUCUUAUUCGGCAUCAGAGAAGUCAUUCUUCAGAGAAACCAUAUGAAUGUAGUAAAUGUGGGAAGGCAUAUAGUCGGAGUUCAUCUCUGAUUCGACAUCAGAAUACACAUUCUGAGGAAAAAGCCUAA